UCAUCAAACAAUCAACGACAACUGUAGCUGACUGCUCAACACGACGAAUCAAGUUGAUAACAUCGAGCAAUGCAAUACUCUUAUACCUCGUAUUGCAGAAGGGUGUGUACACACUCGAAUGCGGGGAAAUAAAUGCCUCAAAAUCGAGCAUCGGAAAUGAACGGCGGUGAUGACGAGGAGGAAGCCCUCCGUAUCGCCAUUGCCAUGUCUCUUGGCCAAGACCAUUCGGCGAAGAAAACCACACAGGGACAUCCCGUGGUUGACCUUACUGAGGGUGAUGACGAGGCAAAUUUGGAUAUUGCUUCGAGUCAUCGCCACACCUCGUCGGGCCAGAAAGAGGUAGCACCCCAGCCGUCGACUCAGCCUGCCGCCCUCGGCGGUCUUGCUGCACUAGGCCUUGACAGGAAGAAGAUGGAAGAGGAACGGCUAGCAAGACUCAAGAAGCGCAAAGCCCCGGAAUCUCUCGACGUGGACCAACCACGACCCACGCAGCGAACCAAAGUUAAAUCGCCGAAGGCUCGAGCUGCGGAAAGUUCGGGGGAAUAUCACCCGACGAAAAAUUCUAGCCCCUCGACGACCCCUGUUUUCCCUAAAGGGGUAGUCAAGAAGACGUGGGUAAGGGGAUAUCCUCGAUCCGGCGAUGAUAUCACCAUCGACGAGGUCCUACAAAAGGACCAGCUGGAGCUAGCCGUGCUUAGCUCCUUCCAGUGGGAAGACGACUGGCUUCUGUCGAAAUUCAACCUUACCAGGACCAAGUUGGUUCUGGUCGCUUUCGCGGCCGACGAGGCUCAGAAGGAAGAGAUGAGGCGAAAUGUGCCUAGAGACAAGAUCCGCUUCUGCUUCCCCCCCAUGAAUGGGCCUGGUUCCAUGCAUUCCAAACUGCAACUGCUCAAGUACGCAACCUAUCUCCGAAUAGUUAUCCCCACAGGGAACCUUGUGCCUUACGACUGGGGAGAAACCGGAUCCCUGGAGAAUAUGGUGUUUAUCAUCGACCUUCCCCGGCUCAGCGAUGCAGAAACCGGGUUGGCCAACAACUUCACUGCCUUCGGCGAGGAGCUGUCCUACUUUCUCACCGCCCAGGGCAUGGAUGAGAGGCUUAUCAAGAGCCUCGGGAAAUACGAUUUCUCCGAAACGGCUGGCUAUGGUUUUGUCCAUUCAAUUGCAGGGUCGCAUAUAGGCGAAUCUUGGGGUCGAACUGGUUAUUGUGGCCUAGGGCGUGCCGUCUGCAGUCUUGGGCUGGGUUCUGUCGAUUCAGUCAGGAUAGACUUUGUGACCGCGUCGCUCGGAGCCGUCACCUAUGACUUGCUGCAAGCGAUUUACAACGCCUGCCAAGGAGAUUCCGGUUUGAAGGAGUACGACGCCAGGACGACAAUUUCCAAGAAGAGCAAGGAUGUGACCUCGGCAGAAGAUCCGAACGCGCCUCUGAAGACUCAGGUUCGCGUAUACUUCCCUUCACAGAGCACAGUCAGACAGAGCCGCGGCGGCAGGAAUUCGGCCGGGACGAUCUGUUUCCAGUCACGGUGGUGGAAUCAGCCAACUUUUCCACGAGACGUGUUGCGGGACUGCAAAUCGAGGAGGCAGGGCUUGCUAAUGCACAGCAAAGUUCUCUAUGUUAGGCGGCAUGACGCAGGGGCCGGAGCUCCAGAUUCCCCAGGAGGGUUUGCCUACGUCGGUAGCGCCAAUCUCUCAGAGAGCGCUUGGGGUCGUCUAGUCAAAGAUCGCGCGACAAAGCAGCCUAAACUAACGUGUCGAAACUGGGAGUGUGGAGUAGUAAUUCCAGCAAGAAAGUCCCUGCAACCAAGCUCGGCGUUUGGGGAUAAUCUCGGGGGCGGCGAUUCACCCGGUGAGUCCGAGGGCUGGGGCGUAUUUGAAGGGCGUGUCCCUAUCCCAAUGGAGUUGCCAGGAACGCCAUAUAGCUCGGGCUCAGGGCAGCCGUGGUUUCAUCAGGAUGAGUGAUUGGCGGGCCCUCGGUAAUUCUUCCCCUAUUAUGUCGGUGACUACCAGUUGUUACAUGCAGGUGUAAACUCAACGGUUGACUGCGCCACCAAUUUGAGGGAACUUCAAAGGGAUGAAAGAGCUGACCCCCGCCAGCCAAUUGUCAUGGGGUUUGCAGGGUGCUUGAUUGGAAGCUCCGCUUUACCUACCGGUGCUGGGCUUCGGCAUACUCGGUGGGUUGACGAUGUUGGCAGGAUGUAAUGGGCCCCGGGUUUCCAACAGAAACAUGGAUGCUGGUCAGGAUUGUGAUGGGCUGUCACUCAACCCCGUAGCCUCACCUACUAGAUACCUAAGGUACCUACUGUACCUACGUUGUAUUCACAACAACUAAUGUAUGUACCUCCCUCCUUAGGUACCUACCUAAGGUACCUAACUAGGUAGGUCCUCACCACGUAUUCAGGUUUGCGAAGAGCUGUGCCUUGCUUGACGUCCGGAUUGCUUAC